AUGGAGAAGUUCAAGGCUGCGAUGCUGCUGGGGGCUGUGGGGGACGCGCUCGGGCACAGAAACGCCCGCAGGGACAGCAGUGCCUCGGGCAGGAAGGUCCAGGAGGGGCUGCAGACGAGCGCGGACCUGGACCACCUGCUGCUCUCCGCGGAGACGUGGCCGGUGAGCGACAACACCAUCAUGCACCUGACGACGGCCGGCGCCCUGACCACAGACUACUGGUGCCUGGACGACCUGUACCGGGAGAUGGUGAAACGCUACGUGGAAGUCCUUGAGAAGCUUCCGGAACAUUGGGCAGAUCCAGCUACCCUGGAAGGGUGCUCACAGCUGAAGCCAGACAACUAUCUCCUCGCCUGGCACACACCGUUUAACGAGAAGGGCUCUGGGUUUGGAGCCGCCACCAAAGCCAUGUGCAUCGGCAUGCGGUACUGGAAGCCGGAGCGCCUGGAGACGCUGGUGGAAGUGAGUGUCGAGUGCGGCAGGAUGACCCACAACCACCCCACAGGCUUCCUCGGGUCCCUGUGCACGGCCCUGUUUGCAUCGUACGCUGCACAAGGAAAGCCGCUGGAACAGUGGGGCAGGGACAUGAUGCGGACGGUCCCGCUGGCUGAGGAGUACUGUAAGAAGACCAUCCGGCACCUGGCAGAAUACCAGGAGCAUUGGUUUUACUUUGAAGCUAAAUGGCAGUUUUACUUGGAGGAGAGAAAGAUCAGCGAAGACACGGGAAACAAAGCCACCUUCCCGGACCGCUAUGAUACAGAGGAGAGGGACAAGGCCUACCGAAGAUGGAGCUCGGAAGGCCGAGGGGGCCGGCGGGGCCACGAUGCCCCCAUGAUUGCCUACGAUGCUCUCCUAGGAGCUGGGGACAGCUGGACGGAGCUCUGCCACCGGGCCAUGUGUCACGGAGGCGAGAGCGGGGCCACAGGGACUAUCGCGGGCUGCCUGUUUGGGCUGCUGCACGGCCUGGAUGCGGUUCCCACGGGCCUGUACCAGGAUCUGGAGCACAAGGAAGAGCUGGCGCGUCUGGGUGAAGCUCUGUACCGGCUGUCCACGGAGGAGAAGUAAAGCCCUCCCGCCACUGUCCCUUUGCGGGGAGCCGCAUCCAGCUCUGGCUGCCCCACGGCCCUCCUGGUGUGCGCCGUGCCUAAUUGGCCAUAAUUACAUUUUAACUCUCUCCUCCCCCUGACGUCACAACUACCUGCUGUAGGAAAUGCACUGUCUGUCCCACAAGGAUGUUUGUCCUGCCCUCACGUGGCCCCAGGGCAUCACUGGCCCCACCCUGGGUCUGUCGCCCCGAGGCUCCAAACAGCAGCACAAACAGUCUCGGGGACAGUCCGUGUAUUUCACUCCGUGCACAACUAAUGCUGCUCGCUCACUGAUGUCGACAAAGCUAACCACAACGGCCGUACGUGGACAGGGCGUGUGCCCGCACGCUCCUGGCCUCAGGCACCGGCAGCCAGAAGCACGCGCUUAACCUCCAGCCGACGUUUUUAAUCACACUAGAUCCUAAAAACCAACCCCUUUGGAACGAGUGCCUGAGAAAACCGGGAAAUAAAGGGUCCGCAUGCGUCUCCCGCAUCUCCUUCCGUGUGGUCUGCAGUUGUCACGCAGGCCUGACAGGCCCAGCCUCGGCCCCCACCUGCUCCAUCGGGCCCGCUGCUAAGGACACGGAGCCGCUCCCCGUGGCUGGGGUGUCUCUGGCGGCGAGUCCUGAGAGAGAGGACGCUCGCUCUUGCUAAAAAUAACCCCAGACACAGUCUUUCUGAAGUGGCAUCUGGUGUGGAUAAAAGAGCAGUUGGUGUUUCACAUUUAACACAGCGCUUUGGUGGCUUGGCUGGGGCCGGCCCCGCGGUGGCCUCCGAGCGUGGCCGGCGGCCCCCAGAGCCCGCGGGGUCACCCCCUCGCUUCUCAGGACAGCGUGAAGGCUUCGCGCCGGCCGGCGGGCGAAAGAUCCAGGGGCGGCCGGCAAGGAGGGUCCCAGUAACUGAACUAACCCUCGCUGCUGCUGGGGCUUUUCAGUGGGAAGCGGCAGAAAGCCACGCGCAGGGCGGCCCCUCGGCUGGGCCGCCCAGGCUGCGGGCGGGGACACGCCCAGCACGCCCUUCAGGAGCAGAGGCCCGAAGGUAAGCUGGCACGCUCACUGCUGUCGAGCCGGGGCCCAAGGACUGCGGCGGCCAGAGGCCAGCCCCAGGGGAGGAGCCCGGGGGGGGGGGCGCGAGGACACCCGGGCUCCAUCACGCUGGCAGUUGAGGAGAACCCAGCCCAUCCUUGAGAAUCAGGAAGUGGGUCUAUUUACAGGUUGAUGAUAAAACAUUUAAGCAAAAAUUCACGGGACUCCUGAAAGGAGUAGACUGUCUCCCCUUCUCACUGCAGAAAAAUGCACGCACUGAAGAAAAUGAGACCAUAAACACGGUGAGGUGAACGGCGCACCUGCUCGAUUUUACAUUAAAUACUUGUGAUUUCAUCCUUACUGCAAAUGGGAUGCAGGCGCACAGCUUCUGAAACUCGUGCGUCCACGGCGGUGUGUGCAGAGCAGGGGGCUCCAAGCCCUCAGCCAGAGUAGCACUCCCAGCCCCCCAGGUGGCCCCAGAAGCCGCCUCUCACGUGUAAUCCGGGAGCAUCUGCACACACAUGCACGCGUGCACUCCUUUCCCUUUGGCAUUAUUGGACCCCGGUCUUUUUAGACACUGCACGUUCUUGUGCAACGUGAUUCACGUUACUCGGUUGUUCCCACUUCUGCCACCCCCACGUCUGUUUCGGAAUGUCGCCUCCCAUCCCUCCUGCAAGGACAUUGGUCCCUGAGGUA